UCGAAUCACUUUUACGAAGUACGGGUCUCUCCCCUCUCUCUACCCCCGCUAUUGAUUUUUCCGACCGACAGACCGUUGACAUCAACCGGCGAAAACCCUAGAUUUCCUUUUUUGGCGGGAAAAUGUCGGGCAAAGGAGCGAAAGGUCUUAUAACGGGCAAGUCCUCCUCUGCCGCAAGCAAGGACAAAGACAAGAAGAAGCCGGUCUCUCGCUCUUCUCGCGCUGGUCUCCAGUUCCCCGUGGGUCGAGUUCAUCGUAUACUGAAAACAAGGGUUUCUGCUAAUGGGAGGGUUGGAGCUACUGCUGCUGUUUAUACAGCAGCUAUAUUGGAGUAUCUUACUGCAGAAGUGCUGGAGUUGGCAGGGAAUGCUAGCAAGGAUCUGAAGGUAAAGCGCAUAACACCAAGGCAUUUGCAGCUUGCAAUCCGAGGGGAUGAAGAACUUGACACCUUAAUCAAAGGAACCAUAGCUGGCGGAGGGGUUAUCCCUCACAUCCACAAGUCACUGAUCAACAAAUCGUCCAAGGAAUAGUUUAGAACUUUUUUUUUUUGGUUAAAUGUUGAGAACAUGUUUACUUUGGCUUGUUAGGUUGUACUCUUUAAAACAUGAAAAGAAUGUGCUGGAAACACUGACAAAGUCCAAUGUGAGGAAGCUGCUUUUCUCUCC